AUGCCGGCCUUCAACCUCGCGACCUGCGCGCGACCCAACAUCCUCGCCCUGCAGCCGUACCGCUGCGCCCGAGACGACUACAAAGAUGACGGCACCAACGUCCUCCUCGACGCCAACGAAAACGCCUUCGGCCCCUCCCUCGCCCCCUCCGCCCUCACCGCCGCCUCCUCCUCCUCCUCCGGUGCCGACAUCGACUUCCUCGGCCUCCACCGGUACCCCGACCCCCACCAGGACGACCUCAAGCGCCUCCUCUGCACCCUCCGCAACACCCACGCCCACACGCCCAAGACGCUGACCCCGGCCCACCUCUUCGUCGGCGUCGGCUCCGACGAGGCCAUCGACGCGCUCCUCCGCUGCUUCUGCGUCCCCGGCCGCGACCGCAUCCUCGUCUGCCCGCCCACCUACGGCAUGUACGCCGUCUCCGCACAAGUCAACGACGUCGCCCUCCUGCGCGUGCCGCUCCUCCCCGCUCCUUCCUUUGCGCUCGACCUACCCGCCGUCACCGCUGCGCUCUCCGGACCGGACGCGGAGACCAUCAAGCUCGCAUACUUUUGCUCGCCGGGCAACCCGACCGGCUCGCUGCUGGCGCGCGCCGACGUGGAGGCCGUCCUCGCCCACCCGACCUGGAACGGCGUCGUCGUCCUCGACGAGGCCUAUGUCGACUUUGCCGACGACUCCGCCUCCCUCGCGGAGCUCGUCACGGAGCACCCCAACCUCGUGGUCAUGCAGACCCUGUCCAAGGCGUUCGGCAUGGCCGGCAUCCGCCUCGGCGCCGCGUUCGCCGCGCCAGAGGUCGCCCGCCUGCUCAACAGCCUCAAGGCGCCGUACAACGUGUCCAGCCCGACCAGCGCGCUCGCGCGCGCGGCGGUCGGCGAGGAGGGUCUCGCGGUCAUGCGCGCGAACCGAGCGCGCAUCGUCGAGCAGCGCGACCGCUUGGUGCGCGAGCUGCCAGCGAUCCCGGGCGUCGGCCGCCUGCGCGGCGGCACGGACAGCAACUUUUUGCUCUACGAGAUGCUCGACGCCGCGGGCAGGCCCGACAACGACGUUGCGUACAAGGUCUACUCGGUGCUUGCUGAGAACCGCGGUGUCGUGGUGCGCUUCCGCGGCAAGGAGCACGGCUGCCUUGGCUGCCUGCGCAUCACGGUGGGCACGGAAGAGGAGGUGACUCGCUUUCUCGCUUCGCUAAAAGAGGUCCUGGCACAAGUUAGAGGUCAAUGA